AUCAGCGCAGUAGCCAACCAGGCCAAGCGCAAGCUAGUUCUUCGAUCGCACCUGCUCAGCUGAGUUCUAGCGGCUAAGGUUUCAUUCACCUUUCCCCUUCCUCAAAAACAAAAUCACAAAAACUUCCCACCAUGCCGAGCCUUGAUUCCAUCAAGAAGGCCCCAAGAGCCGACGGCUUCGCCUCCAUUUUGGCCAUCGGGAGGGCGAACCCAGACAAUAUUAUUGAACAGAGCGCCUACCCAGACUUCUACUUUCGUGUCACCAAUAGCGAGCACUUGGUCGACCUCAAAAAGAAGUUUCAACGCAUCUGUGAGAAGACGGCAAUCAGAAAGCGCCACUUUGUCUGGAACGAGGAAUUUCUCACUUCAAACCCUUGCUUCAGCACAUUUAUGGACAAAUCUUUAAACGUAAGGCAAGAGGUUGCUAUACGGGAGAUACCAAAGCUGGGCGCGAAGGCGGCCACCAAGGCUAUUGAGGACUGGGGGCAGCCUAAAUCGCGUAUAACUCACCUAAUCUUCUGCACCACGAGCGGCAUGGACUUACCAGGUGCUGAUUACCAGCUCACCCAAAUCCUUGGCCUCAACCCAAAUGUUGAGCGUGUCAUGCUCUAUCAGCAGGGCUGUUUUGCUGGCGGAACCACGCUUCGCCUCGCCAAGUGUCUUGCUGAGAGCCGCAAAGGCGCACGAGUUCUAGUGGUUUGUGCAGAGACCACCACCGUGUUAUUUCGUGCACCUUCUGAGGAGCAUCAGGAUGACCUUGUGACCCAGGCUUUAUUUGCCGAUGGUGCCUCCGCAGUUAUUGUGGGCGCUGAUCCAGAUGAGGCGGCUGAUGAGCGGGCGAGUUUCGUCAUAGUUUCUACAUCUCAAGUCUUACUGCCUGACUCAGCGGGUGCUAUUGGAGGCCAUGUAAGUGAGGGAGGCCUGCUAGCCACGCUCCAUAGAGAUGUUCCGCAAAUUGUUUCUAAGAAUGUUGGCAAGUGCUUGGAAGAGGCUUUCACCCCAUUUGGCAUUUCGGACUGGAACUCAAUUUUCUGGGUACCACAUCCCGGCGGCCGAGCGAUUCUAGACCAGGUGGAGGAGAGGGUGGGGUUGAAGCCGGAGAAGCUGUCGGUUUCCAGGCAUGUGCUUGCAGAGUAUGGUAAUAUGUCGAGCGUCUGUGUGCAUUUUGCUCUUGAUGAGAUGCGCAAGAGAUCUGCAAAUGAAGGUAAGGCUACGACCGGCGAGGGCCUUGAGUGGGGGGUGCUUUUCGGCUUCGGGCCAGGCCUCACGGUCGAAACUGUCGUUCUACGUAGCGUCCCUCUUUAAAUGAAUAUGCUGCUGAUCAUUAUAUUGUUCAACUGUACCUUGGCAUCGUUGUUCUUGUAUUGUUAUAAAGUUGUUACACAUUGUUCUGCUGUUAAGGCUUGCGGCUAUUAAGCUUUUUUUUUUUUUUAAUAUAUGCAACUUAUGUAAAGCUUUUUACU